AUGGAUGUAGAGGAAGAUCAAAAAGUGAACAUUCCGAAGACAAGACGCACCUACUGCAAGGGCCGGGACUGCAAGAAGCACACCCAGCACAAGGUCACACAGUACAAAGCCGGCAAGGCCUCGCAAUUCGCCCAGGGAAAGCGCCGAUACGACCGCAAGCAGUCGGGAUACGGUGGUCAAACGAAGCCCGUCUUCCACAAGAAAGCCAAGACUACGAAGAAGGUCGUGUUGAGAUUGGAGUGCACGGCAUGCAAGACGAAGGCGCAGCUGUCGCUGAAGCGCUGCAAGCACUUCGAAUUGGGUGGUGACAAGAAGACGAAGGGUGCGGCGCUGGUCUUCUAAGCAUGACGGUUCAUUUGACUGUACGUUUCGCACGGCUGGGAUUUCAUGGCGGCGUGGAUAUGCAUUACAUGGUGCCUGGUUCGCAAUGACGAGCCAAGAACUUAACAUCAUAAAAAUGAGAGUCAAUUCAUGAGCGCUCAACUGUCAAUAUAGCACGGUGCUCGUCGUCAUGUUCUUAAUUCCCCUCCCCGUGUUCACUAUAUCGGAAGCCCAGGUUCCCUCACAAGACCACUCCUCAUAAAUCCGUUCUUCCUGAACAAUCCCAAGUUCAACGGCCACUUGUCCCCCAUCCAGGUCGACAGUUGCGUAUGAUCUCGUUCCUCGUUUCCUUGCAGCGUAUUCGGGUGAAUCAGUGCCGACAGCGGACCGCGAUUGAUCACCAACCACGGGAUGAAGGCGCCAAACUGCUGCGGCGUGAACAGAUUGACUUCGAACAUACCGACAGGGUGUGGUCCGACGGGCUUAUCGAAGAGCUUGUAGAUCCGAAGCUCGG